UGAGAUUGUUCAUCGGUCCCUCCAGAUCUCGAGCAUGCUACGUCUGUGUGCGCCUUUUACGUUCGUCCGCGCGUUCGUUUCCUCUGAUGCCACUGUAGCCUGGGCACCAGCUGAUCGCGACCUCUCUAUCGGAAGAUGCACUGGUGUUGUCCGAGUGCUUUCUGAAGGUGUUCGCAUUGACUCACUACUAUCCCUCGCUAGAAUCUCAAUUCGCGCACACGUGUGCAAAAUUGUGCAUCACAAGAUGAAACCAUGCCCUUGCACCGUACCCGUUCGAAUGGCGGAACAGUAUGGUAGGUGUCCAUGCGAAACAAGCGAGUCAGUAGCUCGUGCACUCGGGUGGGCAGGGGCCUUGAUGAAUGAUGGGAGCUUUGAGGGUUCGACUGGAGCUUUGAUCAUUUGUUUCAACUUGACCUCUUUUGUACGACAACCUUGCCACUGAGCAAUGGCUGGAUAUGAGGAGACUGAAUUUUUGGAACCGUCUCCCUCGGAGCUUUUAUUCGAGUCCAAGGUGAGAGCUUCAUCUUUCCUCCAUUCCUUGGAUACUGUAUUACUAACUGACACUGCAUGGGUAUUUACAAUCAAGUCUGAGCUAACGCCAUGUAGCUUUCAUUUUUAGAAUUUACCCCCACAAUUUCACCGGCUGAGUGGGCGUGUUUCUCAUUU